AUGCCAUUAGGCGGCUUUAUCACGUAUAGCUCCGAGUCUAGUGAUGGUAAUAGGAUUAUUAAAGAGAUUCUCAUGUCGGAUGGCUACAUUGUGGACAUGAGAAACGACAAUGAAGAUCGACGGGGAUUCAGAAUCGAACAAGUUGCCAACAAAGCCAAAAGAUCAGUUCCUAUGUUUCUGCCUACCCUCUUCACCGUCAACAUUGGCUUAACUGAUUGCGUCCAGUAUUUUGAGAUCGAGACUGCUGGAAAGCGAAGAAUCCUACUCGUCAACGAGGAAUUCCGGGAACUAGCAAAAGCGAAAGAGGUUGAAGGAAGACAAAUUAUCAUCGUGGACAUGCAUGGCCCUGAUGGGCCUCAGAUCAGUGAUUUAGCAGAUGGCACACAUCCCAAUGAUGUGGGGUAUGCGAAGAUGGUAACGAUUUGGCGUAGAGGGAUUCAUGAAGCUGUACAAAAAGACAUCAUCCAAGAGCCACUAUGA